CUGACCUGGCUCGGUUGUGGCGAAGAGGCGGCGCGCCGGAAAGCUACAGGAUAGCACGAAGGAAACAGUAAGCGCAACACAACUUUGGGGUUUGUGUUCAAGAAAAACAUUUAUAGGCGUCUGCGAAGCGAUUUCCGAGUAACGAAGACCUGCUGCAAACAUCUUUUUAUGCAAGCGAAGUAAGCGUUUUGGCCUUGGUUAACUUAGCAAACAUUGGGCCCAGCUAGCGCUAGCCGUGGAACUGACUUUUCAUCAGCAAAAGCAAAACAAGGAAUGAGUGAUGACCUCUGUGGUGGUGUCAGAUGGUGGUGGGAACAUAGUGGAGUAUGUGACUGUGGUGGAGGACCCCCAGCAGCAGCCUGCUGAGGAGGAGGAGGAGGAAGAAGUGGUUCAGCAGGAAGUGGAUGCAGUGAUCAUGGAGGAAGAGGUGGAAGAGGAGGAGGGGGUGGUGCUGCAGGAGGAAGGCUGUCCUGCAGUAAUUGUAGAGGAGGUGCCCAGCGCUCAGGUGGAGGAGUGCUACUCUGCUCAGGUGUUGGUCUACGAUGAUGAGACGUACCUGAUGCAGGAUGUGGCUGAGGAGCAGGAGGUGGUCACAGAGGUGACGGAGACUGGUGAGUCCUCUGACCAGAUUUAUUGUUGUACACAGUUUGAAAGUCUUCAUGUCUGUCUCACUUCAUGAUGCAGCAGAAGGAGAAUAGUGUUGUUUUGUGUUACCUCAGCAGAUGAUGUGAUGAUGGAAACGGUGGUGGAGGUGUCUACAGAGUGUGGACCCAUGGAGGAAGAGAGCUUCCCCAUCCCUCCUGGCUGUGAACCUGUAGCCAAGAAGAAGAGAGGAGGUGGACGUAAGGCUAAGACACACCAGCCUUCUUCCAACGGCUCCUUCGAUCUGGGCAUCAAGAAGAGGCCAAGAGAGGGAAAAGGUAACACCACCUACCUUUGGGAGUUUCUGCUGGAGCUUCUGCAGGAUAAGAACACGUGUCCCAGAUACAUCAAGUGGAUGCACAGAGAGAAGGGCAUCUUCAAACUGGUUGAUUCAAAGGCUGUUUCUAAACUGUGGGGUAAACACAAAAACAAGCCUGAUAUGAACUACGAGACUAUGGGCCGGGCCCUAAGGUAUUACUACCAGCGUGGCAUCCUUGCCAAAGUUGAGGGUCAGCGGCUGGCCUACCAAUUUAAAGACAUGCCCAAAAACAUUCGAGUGAUCGAUGAUCACGAGGAGGCGGAGGAAGUGGAGGACAGCGAGACCGUGGUAUCCGGUCAGACUCUGGCUCGCCAGCAGGGCCAGGCCACCCUGGGCGCUACGUCUCUCACCACCUCCCAGCCUCAGCAGACCUACGUCACUGUCAUCCCCAGCAACACCACCACCAGGCCCAUCCGAGCUAUGCCAGUGGUCAUGACCAACUCGCUAGGUCAAAUGGCGUUAAACUCUCCACCCAUCCUCACAACUACUACAGGAGUCCCGGUGACUGUAGCGAGCACCUCUGCUAGCACUGCCCCUAAACUUGUGAUCCAGGCACUGCCCACCAUGCUUCCUGCGGGGUCAAAAGCAGGAGAGAAGAUCACCAUCAUCACAAUCCCAGCCAACCAGCUGGCGACGCUCAUGCAGGCCAACCCGUCAGGCCAGGUCACGCAACUCAUCCAGGCCAAACCGGUCACUGCACAGCUCGCGCAGGCCGCCAUCAAACCGCAGCUCAUCCUGGCCAAACCGGCCACAGUGGCUCAGGCGCUGCCACAGAUGUCUGUGCAGUCUCAGUUAGCCCCUACCAAAAGCUCCAUUCAGCCCCCAAAGCGUGACGCAGUACAAUCAGACGUGGCAGCAGAGGCCCUGCCCACCUCCAGCUCGCCGGCAGUGUCAGUGGAAAAACUAUCGUCCUGAGAGCCAGGGUCCCCGAGGGGGUGUGUGUGGAGAGGGAUGUACAGAAAGUGACUGUGGACACUCCUGAGGAAGUGCAGGGAACAUCCCACACCACCUCCUCCUGACACAUAACUGAGCUGCUCCCUUAUUGGCUUAGACCGUCCGACCGGCGCUGGUCUCGAGGGAGACGCUUUGACUAUCUGGCUGCUGAAGCCUCGCAGAGGACGAAAGGGACUUAAACAUCCACAUUGAUGGUUCACAGCUCAGAAACGUGGGCAGCCUUAGAUUGUAAAUGACAAGUUGUUUUUGUAAUCAAAGCUAACAUAAGAGGCUAGCAGGAGCUUAAAAAGGAUUUUUGAUACUCGUAUGUAUCAGUACACAUGUAGUUUGAAUUCCUCUGUAGCCCCUUUCACAUUUGGGUUACAGACUUAAGGCUGUAAAACUUUAAAUGGCAGAGUGAGUGGGGGCAUCGCUUUAGACACAUUCACAAUGACUGAAACUGGCGCUUGUUUCAGGCUUUCAUGGGUCUGCAGAGCUCUCCUAAACCCAACAGGACUGUCACUAUUUCCCACUGUUAUCCUCUUUUUUACUGUCCCUAGAGUGGGGGUCAAGGAUAUCUGCAUCCAGAAAAAAGAACUGAUUGUGUGCUCCGCAGAAGUAUAUUAUGAUUUUUUUCUUGUACUCUCAGUGUAUUGAAGUAGAUUUUACUGAAAUAUGUAUAAAACAAAUGUUAAUUCAAAA